UUGCUCUAGACGUGGUGUUCUUAGCUUAGCCACAAGACAUCACAAGACGCCAUGGUUCGCCUGGCUUUGCUCUUUGUUAGCAUGCUGGCUGUGCAUGCCAACCUCCGGGGAACACAGGACUUCCCGGCACCGGACAGUUCGGGAAGCAUGUGCGUUGCCCCCCAAGGGUCGUGUGGCCCAGUUCAGGACAGGUGUUGUCAAGGCCCUGGGCUGAUGACCUGCCGGCUUCGUCCAACCAUGGUGAAAGGCGAUGAAGGCACAGCCUACGUUUGUGGCAAAGAGUUUCCCGAGGAAGUGAAUCCCAAGUGUGCAGCUGAAGGUGAAGAGUGCGGUACGGACGAUCACUGCUGUGAAAUUGAUCCCACAUUGCAAGUGGGCUGUCAAAAGGUCAGCGUUGGGACGAAGGUGAAGCAUGUCUGCAAGGCCAAGCUGAACAACGCAGGCGAAUCAAUGGAAGGACUUUGCGUGGCCGAGGGCAGCAGCUGCAAUCCCUUGGAAAACCGUUGCUGCCAAGAAGGUCCUCAAGGCGACAAAGCUCUACGAACCUGUCAGUUAAAGUUCUUCGACAAGCCUGGACAACAUGGCAUGGCCUACUCCUGUGCCAAAGAGCAAGCCUAGCGAGUCUGUCGUGGUGAGCUUGGAAUCCUGGUGCUAAAGUCAUAGCACAGUGGCAAA